AUGAAACUGCGCAAAUCGAAUGAAGCAAAAGUCGACAAGGUUGACAUGAAAAUCAAUCUUCUUACAGCUCGCUUCGGUAAAAUGGAAGAACAGGUCAAGAACAACAUCGAAGAAGCCGACUCGGACGAGCAUAAGAAGAAGGACCAUGACUGGAAUGAACUCUUCGACGAGUUCAAGCAACUACGAGAACAAGUUUCUGCAAUCAACCUCGAGCAACUAUUGGACGGCAUCAAGGGCCUCUGCGAACGCUUCGAUGAAUUUAGCCCACGCCUACCCAGCAUCGAUACAUCGAGGACCAUUACGCCGGCGGAGCCCAGCUCAGAGCUGGACAGGAUCUUGCGUCAAAUGGACGAAACAGAGAAGGAGCUCCAUAGUGUCCGAAAGGAAACCAUUGAAAUCAACCUUCUCAUUGAAAAGACAUGGCAAAAGGACCGCAGUACGGACGCCAUCGACCACCUAAAAGAUAAGCAGAGUGAUGAGUUAGCUUUGGCGCUGGGACUCAGCUAUGACACCAGUGAAGUCGUUCCAGAGUACAUCAACGCAGACAAACGAUCACAAUUAGACCUUGAAGGCUCUGGCGUUGACAAAGAGAACGAGGAAUUAAAAUUAGAGGCUGUGGAAGCUGAUACUGUUCAGUAG